CUUAAGUAUGUUAAUCGUAAAUAUGUGAUAGUAAAGUGAAAAAUGUGUGUCACUCUUAUUGCACAAAUUUAACACACUUAUCAGCAUGUUUUCAACAGAAAAAAAAGUCUUAAGCCAAAUUUCUUUUCGGGUUAAAGUGCAUUAUGAAAUCUAUAUGCUAGGUGGUAAAUAAGUAGUGUUUUUACUUCAUAAUAAUGUGUUUACUCAUGAUAAAUUGAAUAUUCCUAUCUAUAAAACAAUUCAAAUAUUGAGAUAAAGUGUAAUUGUUUUUUCAAUUAGUCUGAGUCUGUAUUUUUUCGAAGUGUUAAGUCUUCACAAUUAACCACUGCAUAAGAUGAGUGAAGAGCCAGGAUGUCGGUACAGGAACAAGCUACUGUACUACCUAAGCUAUAUCACGGUAGAACCCAUAAUGGUGUUGUACAUGAUGGCCUUCAUGACAACCACUGUGAUCGAACAGUCUUUUUUUGUCUACAAAGCAUGCACAGUUAAUCACGGAUAUAACAACACGAUAUGUGAAAAUAUUAAUGAGAAGCAAUAUGAGAAUAUCACGAAAGAAGUGCAGGUCACAGUAUCGACAUUCCACCUCUGGAACAACGUGGCGGGCCACGGAGUCCCGAUAAUUCUGGCCCUCUUCAUAGGGGCUUGGUCAGACAGACGCGGUAGAAAAUUACCUUUGCUCCUAGGACUUCUAGGAAAACUGUACUAUUCCGCCAUGAUAGUGCUUAACACCACUCAACCCCACUGGCCUUUAGAGUAUGUGAUAUACACCGCCACCCUUCCCAUGGCAUUUACCGGUGCAGACGUCACUAUUUUUGCAACAGCUUUCACAUAUCUGGUGGAUAUAUCGUCGCAGAAGUAUAGGACGAUGAGGGUGACCAUAUUAGAAGUGUGUUAUUUAGCGACGAUGCCCACUGGAAUCGCUUUAGGCUCAUAUCUGUUCAACAAAGUGGUGGACAAAUCCUACACCAUAAUGUUCACAAUAAACGUUUCUCUGAUGGCAAUAGCGGUCAUAUACACACUCGCAAGACUCAACUGGCAGAGCAACCCCAACCAAAAACCGUUCUCCGAAGCCGACAACAAAUUCCUAGACUUCUUCGACUACAACCACGUGGUGAACACCGUCGUCACCGUCUGCAAGAAACGACCGAGGAGCAAGAGGACUUACCUGAUAAUGAUGUUCGUUAUGAUGGCACUGUACACCUUCCAAAGGGACGAGAGGGACAUGAUGUACAUUUACUGUCAGCUCGUGUUUAACUGGACGCUGGCACAGUUCAGCAAAUUCAGGACAUUCCAAUCUGCCCUGCAGGAUGUCAUACUGUUACUGGCUAUACCCCUGAUGAGCAGUGUUCUCGGUUGGAGGGAUACCAUAAUUGUUAUGAUUGGGGCCAUGGCGCACACCGCAGCGAGGAUCUUCUAUUCCACCGCGGAGGUUAGCUGGGUGUUUUAUACAGGUGGAGUUUUUGCAGCUAUUGGGCCAAUAGUAGCGCCAGUAAUAAGGUCUAUCGUUUCGAAAAUCGUAUCUAAUUCCGAGAAGGGCAAAGCAUUCUCCGUACUCGCCGUAGCGGAUAACGCAGUCCCGUUAGUGUCCGGAGUUGCUUAUAGUACCGUUUAUAACGCUACUAUUCAUUACCACCCUUCUGCGAUAUUCUAUUUGACAAUGGCGACGCAGAUCGGAGUCUUCCUAUUAGUUGUGUACAUCCAUGUGAAGACUGAUCAUGACGAAUUUGAAAGAGAAGCGGAAGUGGCGGCAGCCCCAAGUGAUUCGUUAGAAAGUAACGGUGCGAAGGAUGAAGGAAGGAUAGCUUGAGUGAAGUAUUUUUAGGUGAAAGUCAGCGACUUACAAUUACUUGUAUCAAGUCGGAAGAAAUGGUAGAAUCUCGUGAAACGAGUCAAAAAAAAUAUCAGGAAAGUAGUACUAUAAUUCUAAAAACGUUUUACAAAUUCCAGCAAUAAAUUUAAACCAAAGUGAUAAUUUUGAGGCAUAUUUUAUAUAUUUUUCUUCAAUUUCAUAUUUAAAUAAUUGAAUUUUUUUUGACCGUCAUUUAUUUAACUAGCAUUAUUUUAACCAAUUUUGACGUUAUUUAAUUUUUAAUUUAAAAUGUACAAAUCUCCGCGUGUCCACUAGAUGGCGAUAGCUUGUCGAUGCCAUUUGUAGGUAAAAAGAGGUAUAGGAGUCAUCGAGGGAGAAACCGCAGAAGUAAUCUAGUGUGCAAGCUUGAGUAGUCCUGUGUAACAACUGAGGAAUAUUUGAGUAAUAUUUAGGUACUAAAACAAUUAUUUACUUCACAUGUAUAGUCUUUCCGAAGUUAGUUGAACGUGUAUAAAAACGCCUAGCA